AAAUUUUAUCCAAAACGCCAACGCUAAUCUUUAGCGUUAUUCCCAAACAUGGCUAUGCAUUACUAUAUUUUGAAAAGCUAUUUUAUAUAAGCUAUUUUACAAGUGAAAAUUAUACUCCGUACUACUUAUUUAUAUAAGUAUAUUUACACCAAAAAUUCAAUCUAUCAAAAACAAAAAACAAAUAAAAAAAGUUCCCCCAAAGGUUGGUUAUGUAUUUUCUUCAGAAGUGCGAUCUCCAUUUUUUUCCUUCUCGCUUUUCUUUCAUCUAAUCUAUCUGGAGCAAUUCUUCAUUCUUGGUGAAUGUGAUGUGCGCGAAUGAAGCCUUCUCUCGGAUCACUGUGCCCUAGAAUGGGUGUUUUGACAUCCAAUUUGACUUUCUGGAAAAACAAAAUGAGUUUACCAAACUGAUUUAGGACGGCUAAGCUGUCGGUUUCAGCUAUAUGGACGAUCAAGAUAGUAAUGGCAGAGAUGCAAGCCCACCAUUGACGGCAAAUGACGGUUCAGUUAGAAAUGACCAUGUUUUCCCUCAACUAUUCACUUCCAUCAGUUCCAUGCCAAGGCUUAAUGAAGCAGCAUCUUAUCUUGCAGAAACAACUUCUCUGUUUACAAGCUGUCUCCCUGGUCUUUCCGGCUUGGCUGUUGGAGACUCUGGUGGACAGGAAAUGGUGACAUUUGGUUCUAGAAAUUCUGGAGGAUCUGUUACUACCUUUAAUACUCUUCUAGGUGCAACUGCAUUCCGAUCUUCAGAAUCAUCUAAUCAAGAAAUGCAUGCUCCACGCAUCCAUGAAGAAAUGACUAGUAGUUCAACAGAAUCAGAAAAAGAGCCAUUGUUAAACUGUAGUUCAGCAGAAUCAGAAAGAGAACCAUUGUUGAACUCUAGUGCGAUUCUGACAUCAGCUCAGUCAAAUCAAAAUGGCAUUUCUAUUUUUCAAGGUCUGAUUGAAAGAGUACAGAGGACAAUUCGUGGCUCAGCUGAUGAUAUUGGAUGGAUGCAGCGUGAUCCAGAAAUGCCUCCAGUAAAAGAUGGCACUCAAAGAUUUUUGGAGAUUAUUGAUUCUAUUAGGCAUGGUGUGCAUAGGUUGCCAAAGACAGUCGUAUACUUGCUCGUACCAGGCCUUUUCAGCAACCAUGGACCCCUUUACUUUGUUAAUACAAAAACAUCUUUCUCAAAAAUUGGACUAACUUGUCACAUUGCUAAAAUUCACAGUGAGGCAUCGGUCGAGAAAAAUGCCAGAGAGAUAAAACACUAUAUCGAAGAAAUGUUUUGGGGAUCUGGGAAACGAGUUCUGCUUCUUGGACACAGCAAAGGAGGGAUAGAUGCUGCUGCCGCUCUAUCCAUAUAUUGGUCUGAUCUGAAAGAUAAGGUUGCGGGGCUGGUACUUGCACAGAGUCCAUAUGGUGGGAGUCCGAUCGCCUCAGACAUACUGCGGCAAGGGCAGCUGGGUGAUUAUGUUAAUGCGCGCAAGCUUAUGGAGAUACUCAUCUGUAAAGUAAUCAAGGGAGACAUGCAAGCACUAGAAGACUUGACAUACGAAAGGAGGAAAGCCUUCCUAAAGAAACACCAAUUGCCAAGAGAACUCCCAACUGUGUCUUUCCACACAGAGGCAGGUAUCUCUCCUGUGGUCUUGGCCUCCCUGUCCCGCAUCGCACAUGCCGAACUGCCCACAUUUUCUGUGACCGGUCAGUCCACAAAACUCCCAGUGGUGAUGCCACUGGGGGCUGCAAUGGCAGCCUGUGCCCAGCUGCUUCAGAUCAGGUAUGGUGAGAAGAGUGACGGAUUGGUCACUUGCCGUGACGCGGAAGUGCCCGGUUCGGUCGUCGUGAAGCCAACCCGAAAACUGGACCACGCCUGGAUGGUGUAUUCAUCCCUGGGUGACGACCUGUCCGAAGCUGAUGCGUCUCAGGUUUGCGAAGCCCUUCUGACGUUAUUGGUCGAAGUUGGACAGGGAAAGAAACAGGCAAGUAGCAGCAAAUAAAAACAUGAAUGACUGGUUGCAGGUUUUGCACUAUGUACAUAUAAAUGAUGAUCGUCUUUAAAUGCCCUUCUGCAUAUUUUUUGUCAUAGAUUUUUACCCGUGCGAUGGCGAUAUAUGUGCAGAAAAAAGAAUACAAAAAUAGUAUAGUCUAUGUACAACGUAGAAAAAACAAAUAUUCCCCACUGUG